AUGACAUCCACUACCAACGCCAACACGAUCACCGUGACCCUCCCCCAGCUGGCCAAAAUGAUCGACCACUCUCUCCUUCACCCAACCAUGACAGAUGCCGAAAUCAUCAACGGAUUACGCAUCUCGAAAGACUGCAAUGUUGCCACCGCCUGCGUCAAGCCAUACCUCAUCCCCCUCGCCAAGCGCGAGCUCGCCGGCUCCGACGUCAAGGUCUGCCCGGUGAUCGGAUUCCCCCACGGCAACAGCACGACGGAGAUCAAGGUGAUCGAGGCGAGCGCAGCAGCUGAGGCGGGCGGAGCUGAGAUCGACAUGGUGGUGAACAUUGGCAAGGUCCUCGGUGAAGAUUGGGAAUACGUGAAAGCCGAGAUUGCCGCGAUCAACGCGGCAGUUGUCAGCCGGGGCGCGAUCUUGAAGGUGAUCUUUGAGAACGACUAUCUCCGACCGGAACAUAUCAUCCGACUGUGUGAGAUAUGCACAGAGAUCGGGGUUGCGUUCGUGAAGACCUCGAGUGGGUAUGGAUUCGUCAAGCAGAGCGAUGGAUCAUAUAACUAUUUGGGAGCGACGGUGUCGGAUCUCAAGCUUAUGCGAGAACACUCCGGACCUGAGAUUCAGAUCAAAGCGGCUGGUGGAGUUCGCUCGCUUGAUGAUCUAUUGCAUGUGAUGAGCUUGGGAGUUACAAGGAUUGGCGCGACGGCGACAGUGGCCAUCUUGGACGAUGCGAAGAAGAGGGGAAUUGGAAUGGAGCCAACCUCAGUGAAGUUUAAGCCGAUGGUCGAGAAGGCUGGGAGCUACUGA